GGCAGCCCCGAAAAAGCUGCUCAUCACCCCCACGAGCCCGCCACACUCCGUAUCUCUAAUCACCCUACUACUCCUCAGUAUACCAUAGCUUGGCUUCCCCGAAUGGCCGUUCCCAUUUAUAACUACUACUUUUCCCCGCUCCUCCGCUGCCCGCCCUGUGCCUCCCCCUUCUCCUCCUUCUCCUCCUUUCAACCGUAUCAUCAGCUACACCUCCUCUCACCCAAAUCUUUACACUCCUCUUCUCUUUCGCUUUACCAUUUAAAAAAUCAAAGUAUUAUUAGCGCUACGAUUACGGUUUUUCCCUUAAGCAGACGACGGCGGAGGGCUUUAACAAUGGACUGCCAAACGACGCCGGAGCAGAAACCCAUCUCUCAAGACAGGAUGCUGGUUUUUGUUCCGCCCCAUCCACUGAUAAAACAUUGGGUUUCAGUUCUGCGGAAUGAGGAUACACCAACUCCAAUCUUUAAGAGUGCCAUGGCUGAGUUGGGGAGGUUGCUCAUGUAUGAAGCUUCAAGGGACUGGCUGCCAACGAUUUCCGGGGAGAUACAGUCACCACUAGGUGUUGCAACUGUUGAAUUUAUAGACCCCAGGGAACCUGUAGCGGUUGUUCCCAUCUUGAGGGCUGGCCUUGCCCUAGCUGAACAUGCAUCAUCAAUUUUGCCGGCAAGCAAAACAUAUCAUCUGGGGAUUAGCAGAAACGAAGAAACGCUUCAGCCAACUGUAUACUUAAACAAGUUGCCUGACAGAUUUCCCGAAGGUUCUCGAGUAUUUGUCGUAGAUCCUAUGCUUGCAACAGGUGGCACAAUAGUUGCAGCUCUUAACUUGAUAAAGGAACGUGGUGUUGACAAUAAGCAAAUUAAAGUGGUAGCUGCAGUUGCUGCUCCUCCUGCACUUCAGAAACUCAGCGAGAAAUUUCCUGGGCUUCAUGUAUAUGCUGGAAAUAUUGACCCCGCUUUAAAUGAUAAAGGGUUUAUAAUUCCUGGACUUGGAGAUGCAGGGGACCGUAGCUUUGGCACAUGAACUGAGAGAUACAAUAGUCUCUGGUGCAGUUUGGUUCUAGUUGCAUGUUCCAGCUUUGAACACUUGUGGAGAUGUAGUGAGUUUCCUUUAGGAGUUGAUUGAAUGGAUACUUGGAUCCGAUGUUGAAAAUCAUUCCUUGAACAGGCUGUCAGGGCCAUGGACUCGAAGAGGUAAACCGAUUUUCGGAAUGUCGAAAUGGGACUCCUGCUGUAUCGAUAGCAUGUUCAGUUUUAUUGUAGCCCCUUCUAAGUUUUAAAAGACUCAUCCACAGCGUAAAAUUAUAGUAUCAUAAUUCCGGAUUUGUUGUCUA